UGUUAAUAACUUAACAUCAUAGUGCCAUAUAAAUAAAAAAAUAAAAGUUAAAAGUGAAAUCUGUGCAGUGGAAAGUGGAAAGUAGGCAUUGUCCAGUUUGGCUAUCUUACUUGUUUUAAUGUAAAUCAGGCUAUAGUAUGUUAAUAUGGACCCUUAACCAUUAAUAGAGCCACGGACAAUGGGUACUUUUUUAAUAAAGAAAGUCACAAUCUGAAAAGAAUGAAAAUAAUUGUUGAUAUUAAAAUUUGAAUUUCAAACUUAUUGGAUGUUCACUCUUAAAGAUAACUGCAUGAAUCAACUAAAUUAAGAUCUGAAUUUUAUCUAAUUUUUUUAAUCCAACAGGCAUAUUAGAUAUCAUUGGCCACAACAACUAUAAAAGAAUGCAAUUUGAACAUUGAGAUUGAGUUGGUAUUUCUAGUGAAUUAACCUCACUCUUCCGCUUCCAUUCUUCAAUUUCUCAGUCCUUCAAUAAUGGCUACAAUAGAUCUUCAAAAUAAGCUUGCCCCACUCGAUCAAAAUCCAACACCCCAAGAGCCAGGCAUUAGUUUUGUUUGCAAAUCAUUUCAAAAGUACUACCCUCCUGAUUUUCCAAGAAAGGUGUUUGCAGAGAUUAUAGCAACCUACUUGCUAGUGUUUGUGACAUGUGGAUCAGCUGCCAUUAGUUCCAUUGAUGAAAACAAAAUCUCAAGGCUUGGAGCUUCAAUUGCUGGUGGGCUUAUUGUAGCUCAAAUGAUCUAUGCAGUUGGCCAUGUCUCUGGUGCACACAUGAACCCAGCUGUUUCUCUUGCAUUUGCAGCUGUCAGAUAUAUUCCAUGGAAACAGGUCCCAUUCUAUGCUGCAGCUCAACUAACAGGAGCAAUCUCUGCAUCAUUCACACUUCGUGUAUUAUUGCAUCCAAUAAAACAUAUUGGCACCACAACACCUUCGGGGUCAAAUUUUCAAGCUCUAGUCAUGGAAAUAGUUGUCACAUUUUCAAUGAUGUUUAUCGCUACAGCUGUAACAAUUGAUACUAAAGCUGUAGGAGCGCUAGCAGGCGUAGCUGUUGGUUCUGCUGUUUGCAUAACCUCAAUCUUGGCUGGACCAAUAUCAGGUGGAUCAAUGAACCCAGCAAGGACAAUAGGACCAGCACUUGCUAGUGCUCAGUACAAGGGAAUUUGGGUGUAUGUGGUUGGCCCAGUGAUAGGAACCUUGACGGGGGCAUGGUCUUACAAUCUGAUCCGAAUGGCAGGCAAGCCGGUGCUCGCAAUCUCUCCGCGUUCAGUUUCAUCCCAACUUCGUCGAAUGAGGAGCCAAGAUGGAGAGGUUCCAAACAAAGAACCUGUCAAUGAUCUUUGAAUUAUCGAUCCAUUGUUCAAUAUCAAGUGAAAGGCAAUCCUCACGCCCUUUUUAUCUCUACCCUGAAAACUAGAUUAUGGACAUAUCUUGAAAAAAUGUUCUUGUAUUAUAACUGUAAUACAUAUAUAGUUGUAUGAAAUGUUCUUGUAUUAUAACUAUAAUACGAGUGACCGAGAUUGAAUCGUAGGUCAAAAAAAAUGAUUUGAACUUACCCGAGAUCGAAAUUGAGUGAUUCAGAUUG